GAUAAACUUAAUUUCCGGGUGGAGUAAACAGCUUUGGUCAUUGGUUUUGGUCCUUUGGAGCAGCUACAUCUGCAUACUGGGUUUGUCCUCCACAAUCGUCAUCCUCAACCAAUUUGCUCUUUCAUCAGUAGUCUCUUUGUGUCUGUAUUUGUGCUAUCAAUCAAAAAGAGUUCAUUUUCUUGAUUAUCAAAAAAAGAAAAAAGAAAAAAGAGAGUUUCACUUCUAAGUAUGGCUCGGGCUCUUGUUUCUACCAUCGUGGACCAGCUUGGUUCACUCAUUUCUUCAGAGUUCAAGGAUCGGCUUGGUUCAUUUUUUGCUUCAGAGGUCACGGCCAUUGUAAAUGUCGAGAAAGAAGUCGAAAAGCUUAAACUCAAAUUCCAAGCAAUCCAGGCAAAGCUCAACGAUGCAGAGGAAAGGCAAGUGAAGGAGAAAGCUGUGAAGCUUUGGUUAGAAAGGCUCAACGACGUAUUCUACGAGAUGGGCGACGUGUUGGAUGAGUGGAACACUGCCAAGAUCAAAGAAGAUAUUGAGAAAGAAGAAGAAGCUGAAACUCGUACUGCUAAGAGGAGGAAGGUAUGGUCCCUAACCAACUUAAAUUCCUCAGUUUCUACUGUUUCUCAGCGUCGAGAUAUUGCUCUUAAGAUAAAAGAAAUUAUUGGAAAGUUAGAUGAGAUUGACAGAGAGGGGGAUAUGUACCAGUUUGUACUGACUAGUGGCAAUGAAGAAGUUGUGAGACCACCAACAGAUUCCCAUGUUGAUGUGUCUAACAUUCUAGGUCGUGAUAAGGUUAAGGGUGAUCUAGUGAGCAUCCUAUUGGGCAGGGGUAAUGAAGAAGAAAGAAGCCCCCAUGUCAUCUCUUUAGUGGGCAUGGGUGGUGUUGGAAAAACCACUCUUGCUCAACUAGCAUAUAAUGAUAGUGAGGUGAAUUCUGCCCAUUUUGAGAAAAAAAUGUGGGUUUGUGUUUCUGAUCCUUUCAAUAAGUUUAUGGUUGCAAAAGAAAUCAUUAAAGCUUUUGGAGAUAAUGACUCCAACACUACUCAAUGGUCAAGUCUAAUGGAUAAAAUGUGUGAAUCAAUUUGGGGAAGAAAGCUAUUUCUUGUCCUUGAUGAUGUGUGGACUGAAGACUCCACUUUGUGGGAGCCAUUUAGACUUGCACUCCAAAAUGCUGCCCAAGGCAGUAGAAUUUUAGUCACUACACGUAAAAGUAGAGUUGCAGACAUUAUGGGAAGUGCAAAAAGGAUCGAUUUGGAGGAAUUGUCUGAUGAUGACUGCUGGUCAAUAUUUAGUACAAUAGCAUUUUCAGACAGGGAUUCUAAGCAACGUAAGGAUUUAGAAGAGAUUGGCAAGAAAAUAUCAGACAAGUGCAAAGGCUUGCCUCUUGCUACAAGGACGCUAGGGAGUCUCAUGCGCUUCAAGAGUCGGAAGGAACAAUGGGAGAUGGUUUUUUAUAGUAGAUUGUGGGAAUUACAAGACGUUGAAAAAGGUCUUUUUGCACCAUUGUUACUGAGUUAUUAUGACUUGCCCUCACCACUGAGACGAUGUUUUAUAUAUUGUGCUGUCUUUCCAAAAGAUUAUAUCUUUUGUGAAGAGGAUUUGGUAUCCAUGUGGAUGGCACAAGGUUAUAUUGAGUCGAAUGCAAACAAGGAGAGAAUCAUGGCAAGAGAUUACUUUGAAAUUUUAGUCAUUCGCUCUCUCUUUCAAGUUUUAGGGGAUUAUGGAUAUAGUGACAGGAUUAUCAGGUACAAAAUGCAUGAUAUAGUGCAUGACUUGGCACAAUUCAUGGCAAAAAACGAAUGCAUCACAAUCAAUGGUUACGAAGAGUUGGGGUCAGAUCUUCAAAAUGCUCGGCAUUUGUAUUUAAAAAUUCCAAAUAAUGCUCAAAUUCCUGAGUCCAUCUAUAGCGCAAAAAAUCUACGCACCCUCAUUGUUGUAGGUUAUAGCGAUCAUAAUUUGUCCAAGUUGUUCCAUCAUUUUAGACGUUUACGGGCAUUAAAUUUGAGUGGUCAAUAUGGUAAACUAAAGGAAAUUUCGGAUGCAGUAGAAGAUUUGAUACAUUUAAGGUAUCUCAAAAUAUCUAAUUGCCAUGUAGACAAAUUGCCUGAAACCAUUUGUAAUCUAUGCAAUCUACAAAUUUUGAAUAUUUCAAUUGGUAGUGAAAAUGGGUUCAAGAAAUUGCCACUGAGGAUGAGUAAACUGAUUAACUUAAAACAUCUUAUUUUGGAAGGUUAUUGGACCCAUCCGUUUGAGUUUGCAAGAGGGAUUAGGAGACUGAGCUCUCUUCCAAAGCUAAGUCAUUUCUCUAUAGGUGGCAAGGAUGACAGCCAAAGAUGUGAACUCGGAGAAUUAAAAAAUUUGAACCACCUUCAAGGAACUCUUAAAAUAUAUGGGCUGGGUAAUGUGGUAGAUGCAUGUGAGGUCAAAAAUGCAGAGCUUAAGAAGAAGAUAGGCCUUUAUGAUUUGGAUCUAUAUUUUUCUGCAGAGAACAUAAAAAAUUAUAGAGGAAGAAUAGAGACGGAUGUAUCGGUACUGGAUGCCUUAGAGCCACUUUCGGGCUUGGAGAAUUUAACAAUUCAUUUGUGCUCCCGCACCACUAUAUUCCCUAAUUGGAUGGUGUCCUUGGCCAAAUUGAAAAGGCUUAAUCUGAGGUUUGGCUCAACUUUAGAGCGUUUACCUCCUCUGGGAAAGCUUCAGUUUCUUGAAUUUUUACAUAUAAGUGACACCUGGUUAUUGGAAAAGGUUGGUGUUGAAUUUUUGGGAAUAGAAUCUGAAAACAAGAAAGAUGGUGUAAUAAAAAUAUUCCCAAAUUUGAAAACUCUCUCGUUUAUGUGUUUGGAUAAAUGGGAAGAAUGGAUUGGGAUUGGAGGACAAGAAGAGGAAGCUUGUAUGAUUAUAAUGCCCUGUCUUCAAAGGUUGGAAAUUUGCGACUGUCCAAAGUUAAAGUCGCUGCCGGACUUCCUUUUUAAAACUUCAUUGCAAGAGUUUUGGGUGGAUAGCUAUUCAAUUCUCUGCAAGCGUUACCAAAGAGGGACAGGAGAGGACUGGUCCAAGAUUUCCCACAUCCCAAAUAUCAGGAUUGAUUUUAUUGAUGUGCAAAGAGAUGGUCAAGAAGUUAUCUAUGAGGAAAAUAAACUUUUUCCACAAAGAGGUUGACAACGAAGAGGAUGAUGAAGAAGAGUUUGAGGAAUACAAGGAUGUUGAAGAAGAGUUUGAUGAAGAAGAGCAUGUCUGAUGACAAAGAAGAGGGCCAUCGAUCUUUACGUUUCUAGGUUCACAAAUUUUAGCUACAAGUAGAGAUUUAUCAAUGUUGAUUUGUGUGUGUGUGUGUUGCCAAAGUUCAUUCUUGGCUUGGUUAAAUGUUGCAGAAGUCUGAUCCAGUCACAGAGUGUGAAUUACAGGGGGUGACCAUCAGGCAAGAAGAAGAAACAACAAAUACAUUGGCUUUGUUUGAUUUCGAUUUUAUACUCUUCUAAUGUAAGGUUUAUCUCGAUAUUUAUGCUCAAUCAUCUAUGUGCUUUUCCUUAUCAUUUUCUCCAUCCAAACAUCAGAUCCUAAAACUUGGGGAAGUUCAUUUUGUGAUGAAGCAUAUUUUAUUAUUUUCAUGCAGGAAUGCACAUUUGAGAAAAGGCCAAAGAAAAAAACUGUUUUAUCAUUUCAUAUUUCAGCAAGUGUAUUGAGAAUUGCACUAAUCUAAUUCAAACAAUUUAGGCUCCGAUUUUUACCGCAAAUGUCAUUCUUAUGCUAAAUAUAUAAUUUAAGCCCAAUUGUUUACAUAAUUACACAAUUAACAUAAGCGUGCAUGGAUAAACAAAAAAUCAAUCACCCACAAGAACACCGAAGUGUUGACAAAGAGGAAAACCCAAGAACAAGGCGGAAGAAACUCUCCAGGGCAUUACAACACCAAACGAUCCACAAAUGACUUACAAAACCCUCCUAGCUAAGUAGUAACUACGUACUUGAGCCUCCAACUCCUGCUAGCAAUUGAUUACUCAAAUCCUUUCUUCUCACUAGCCUCCGUACUUGCAAUUGAGCCUUCAAUUGAAAUCUCCAAUUCUCCUUGGCAAUUCUGACACUGUUCCAACGAUUCCCAAACUCCAAUCAAUACCAAAACUCUGAAGGUAGUAAUGGGUGUGAUGGUUUUAAUCUCCUCUUAUGAAAUUUGACAAUUUGAGAGGGAGAAGGUAAAGAGAUUGAUGAGGGUUAAAGAUUUAGGUUUUUUUGGUCCUCUCUGGCUCUGCAGAUAGGAAUUGGUUGUGCAAAAUUUGUUGAAAAUGGAAUCUUAUAUAGUAAGGGUAUGGGCUAGAAUAGCAGAGAAGAAAUAACAGAAUUGUCUCAGGUUCUCAUUUCUUUUUUUGGUUGAUAAUCUUCAAUCUUUAUUGAAUUAAACUAGACAGCAGUCAGCUUUACAAACAGACGCUAAGGCGACAGGCUGACUGUGAUUAUUGAAACAAAAACAUUUUAGGGAAGCAAGAGACAAUCUAGCUGCCUUAUGGGCUGCUCUAUUACACUCUUUUUUAACCCAAGCAAGGGAAAAACUACUAAAGACUCAGAAAUAUAUAAUAUGUUGGUGAUGAUGCUGCUGAUGGACCAGUCUGGCGCUGGAAAAGGGGGGGAAAGGGAGUCGAAGCAGACUUUAGCAUCGCCUUCAAAAAUGACUCGGUUCCAUGUUUCAGAAAGUGCCAAGUGCACAGCCCAUAGGAUGGUGGUUGCUUCUGCUAGAAGUGGAGAGCAGGGAGGAAUGAUCUUGGUCCAGACUUUAAGAACUUCACCUUUAUAGUUGCUGGCAACAACUACUCUGUAUUGACUUUAAUCCAUUCCCCGGAGGGUGUGGGGGGAGUCCAUGACAGCUGAGAGGCUACCUGUGCUGGAUGAGUUACAGGUGGUUUCUCUGCUAGGAACAAGGUUGAGAAUUAAGCAAACUUUCAUUGGAUGUUGGUGAUUGCAGCUUGCAUAUCAAUCUGGGACCCCUUGUGAAGAGAUUGAUUUCUAAGGAACCAAAUUUCAUCCAGGAUAAAAGCCAUAUUAAGGGGAAUGAGCCACUGGUCUUCCUCAGGGCAAGGCGCUUUGGGUGGAUCAAGGAUCAGUUUGAUGAGGGAUUCAGGGGAUUGAAUUGAGUGUUCCUCAGGCUUUAAGCCCCAACAGCAGGAGAGCCAAAGCGCCUUGGCUAUGGGGCAUUCGAUGAAGAGAUGAAUAGGAGAUUCAAGUUCAUGUUUACAUAGAGCACAGCAUGAAUCUUGUAUUAGCAUCCUUUGGCAAAGAUUCUUCUUAGUUGGGAGUGUAGUGGUGCCUAUCCUCCAAAGCAGCAUCUUCAUUCUCUCCGGGGCUUUGAGAUUCCAUAGUCUUUUCCAAGGGAGGUUGGAUUGAGGUAGAUAGUUAUCCGAGUCCAGAGCUGACCAGUAUGCUGAUUUGACUGUGAAGUUACCCUUGUUGUUUGGAGUCCAGAUAAGCUUAUCAGGCCUAAAUCUGAGAGGGAUGUGUAUGUUAAGGAUGGCUUGAGCUGAUUGUUGGUCGAAUGUGUCUUGCACCAAGCUUGUGUUCCACUGAUGUUGGGCAUGGUCUAUAAGUUGCGAUACCAUCAAAUGAGUGAGGGGUGCAUCAAUAUGUUUAGGCUUAGGCUUGAAAUUAUCAACCCAAGGAAUCCAUGGGUCUUUCCAUACAUUAAUAGAUGAUCCAUUGCCAACAGCAUAACAAGCCCCUUUGAUGAUGAUAGGCUUGACUCCCUCAAUAGCUUUCCAAAUUGGAGAAGCUGAUUAUAAUGGCUCCUUGAAUAGCCAGUCUGACUGAACUUUGUAUUUGCUCCUUAGGAUGGACAUACAGAGGCUGUCUCGUUUGGAUGCUAUCAUCCAUGCGAUUUUUGAAAGAAGAGCAUUGUUGAUAUCUCUAGCUUUUUUAUUGUCUCAGGUUCUCAUAGUUCCUCUUGGGCAAAUAGAGAGGCGAAAUCUCUAUCCAACUGUUUUUCAAAAUUUGAUUUCGCAUCGCAUUUCACCUGACACUGCCAAUUUCUUCGGAGUGAAAUUCUUCUGCUUCCAACUUUUAUUUCAACACUUGUAGCACUUCACCUCACCAGCCGAAUACAAAUAACAAUCCAAAUAACAUGAAAACAAUAAAAUGAGAUGGUCAAGAAGUUGUUCGAUGAGGUAGCUUUUUCUGCUUCUUCCCAGUUCCUCCUUUUAUUUUGCCCAAAAAAAAAAAAAAAAAAUCAAUUAAUGUUCUUAUUUUCUGCCAAAAUUUCCCACUGGGAAAUAAUUACUAACAACGUAGGUUGAUGAAUUUAUCAAAUUCUCAAUAAUUUGAUUGGGUUAUUUCAUUUACGGUUUAAUGUUUAUCUGGAUUUUGCCCAUUUUCUUCAUUUCAGGAUGAUGAUUUGUGUGUGUGUCUGUGUUGCCAAAGUUCAUCCUCAGCUUGAUUAAGUGUUGCAAGUCUUAUCCAAUCACAUAGUGAAGAACGAGCAAUGAUGGACAAUUCAGAUUCUAUUCCACAUUCCCUUGCAAUGUUUGCCUCCAACUCAAAGCCAAAUGGCAAUGGAAGCAAUUCACAGUCCAAUAUGUAUCUGAAUCAAGGAUCUGCAAGAGGAAGAGGAAGGAACAAUUACAAUAGAGGUAGAGGCAGUCGUAGAUCAAACAACUACACACCUCACUCGCAAGGCAACAGUGGUAACAAUUCUGGAUUCUACAACAACAAUUUCUCACCACAGCAUUAGUCACAAAAUCAGAAUCAUAAGACUGAAAAUACUCAUCCACAAUGCCAAAUCUGUGGCAAGAUGGGACACUUGGCCAUAGAUUGCUAUUACAGAAUGGAUUUUGCAUUCCAAGGCAAGAAUCCACCAAAUCAAUUGGCAGCUAUGGCAACAACAUCCAAUACUGCAAUAAUUGGCAACUCAGAUCCUUGGCUCACUGAUUCAGGAGCAUUAGACCAUAUCACUGCUAACCUCAACAAUCUGUCAGUCCAAUCUCAUUACAAAGGGCCUGGUCAGAUAGCAGUUGGAAAUGGUCAAUUUCUCCCAAUCAACCAUACAGGGAUCUUCAGGUCAAGUAUGUUUCAACUGAUGAUCAGCUUGCUGAUAUUUUCACCAAGAGUUUGCCCAUGUCUCGGUUUCAAUUUCUCAGUUCCAAAACCUUGUUCACAGUGAUGCACAAAGUUUUGAGGGGGGAUGAUAGAAGAAUAGAGGAAGUGCCUAACGGCUAGUUUUACUCAAUGUUUAAAGUGUUUCGUUACAUGGAAGAGUGCGAAGUACAGUGGGUGACCAUCCAUCAGGCAAGAAGAAGAAACUACAAAUACAUUGGCUUUGUUCGAUUUCGAUUAUACACUCUUCUAAUGUUGAACUCUAAACUAUGGUCCAUAUGGGUAACCGCAUUUUGCUUAAGAGGGAAAUGGUCAUGCAAAGGAGGUUUUAGUGGCACCUUUGAAACUGUGUGCACAGCAUUCACCUUUUCAUAGUUGUAGUAGAGCUUGCAUAUUGUAUCAUAUAGUGAUAAAUGACAGUGAGGUAAGAUCUUGAUCAGGUUCUGGUUUUUUGUGGUGACAUUAUGUAUAUUCCUAGAGAUUUAAAAUUCUUAUAUAUUUUUCCUGAUUUUUUUAGAACUAAAGUUGUAGGCAUUAUCUUAAGUGUUGUAAUCUUUAUUUUAUUAUAGUGAAUUGAUUGGAUUUAUCCCA